CUCGGGAACGCGCGUGUCGAAAAUUGCUUGCUUUCAAUUCAAUUCUGUGAUCGCGUCAAGAUUGCAUUAUGGCGUCUGACCCGGCACCGUUAUCAAAAACUGCAAAAUAUAAGAAAAUAACGAAGCCACUUUUGGAACGAAAACGUCGCGCGCGCAUCAAUCGCUGCUUGGAUGAACUUAAGGAUCUCAUGGUUGGAGCUUUGGAGAUAGACGACGACAACCUAAGCAAGUUGGAAAAGGCAGAUAUCCUUGAAUUAACCGUUAAUCAUCUUACAAAGUUGCACAGACCGAAAGACCCAAUUCUAGAAGCGAAAAAAUUCCAAGCCGGCUUCGGACAGUGCGCCGCGGAAGCAUGCAGAUUUAUUAUGUCCGUGCCUGAUUUGGACUCUAAAGUCAGUCAGAAUUUAAUCAGUCACCUAUCAACGUUAAUAACCGCUCAACCUUUGACCAUACAAGUACCUGAGAGGCCCUCGUUCUCUCCACCAACGUCGCCUUCAUCUGUUUUAUCAGACCGACAACAUUAUUACAGUGACCACGAUAGAUCUUCAUCAGACGCCGAAGACUCAGUAUAUGCCGUGGAAGGACCCGCUAAGCAGUGGGCCUAUCCUAAACACAACAAGCCGGUUAGUCCACCAGGUCUUUUAACGACAGUAGAUAAACUUGUUCCACAGCAAAACGACCCUACAAUACACCGAAAUGGAAGUUACUUUAAUCGAGUUCCGGCCGAGGCCAAAGAUGUAAUCUUGCAAAAAAUAAGACAACACAUUAUGGACAAGCGUGGUAAUGAAAACAUAAAUAGCGAGGUGAACGAAUUACCUGUUGAGCAUAAAUACUUGCCUCGCGACGAAAUGUACCGCAACGACUACACAUAUUACUCACCGAAUUACUCAAGCGAUACCUUAGACUUGAGGAAAGUUCGAUCGCCUCUGAAGUCAUCGCCGGAAUAUUCUCAGGAUACACGAUCCGCUAAAGAACCUGACUCCAAUGUGGAAAGUAAGCCAGCGGUUCCGGAACACUGCGAAUCACCAAUGGAUUACAGUAACUUACCGCCUAAAAAGAAGAGGAAAUUAAUCGAGUACCAGGAGUACAAAAAACAAGAAGAGGCAAGGCGGCAGCAAGCUUUUUAUGCGAAUAAAAAAGAUAGCUCAUGUGAAGGACCACCGCGCUCGGAUCAAGAAUUAGAUGCGAACAAGUGGCGCCCGUGGUAAUUGUUCAAGUUUUUUGCCAUUGUGAUAAAUAACUCUUCCAUUUCAAAGCUUUAAUUCGUUUUAGUGUAGUAGUAGUUAGCGUAAGUCACUUUGUGCCUUGUUUACGAGUCUAUUAUGAUAGCAGUGCCAUGUUUAUUUUGAUCUCGUCUUCCUUUAAAUGUUUUCUGUAAUCGGAGUCUUCCCACGUUUUACAAUUAGCCCCAGUUUACUGACUUUUAAUGGGUGGUUUUCUCUUAACCAUUAGAAGGAAAACUCAAUGUUAAAAGUCAGUCAACAUUGGCAUUAGUUUAAGAUAUUGUAACAUUAGUUAUAAAAUGCAUUUUUAUUUGUGUGAUUUAUAGUUAUCAUAAAUGUUAUGUUAUA